AUGGCUCUGCGUGUCUUUACGCGGUUGGGGCUUAUGAAGGCUCUUGCGCUUGAUGACUACCUGAGUAUACUCGCUUUUUUUGUAUACAUUACGCGCGCAAUCACCCUCUAUGUCGGCUUGGGAGACAGCGAAAGGGUAGCGGCUGGUGUUAAAAUCAUCAUAGCCAACUGGCUCAUGGUCCUUUUCUACACAGCCGGAACAUGGAUAAUCAAGCUCUCCUUCUGUGUCACGCUGUACAGGAUCGCGCUGAGCAAAGCCCUGACAGGGACGAUUAUCCUCCUCGCCAUCGCCACUACGAUCAUCACCAUCUUCGAGUUCUUCUGGAUCCUGUUCUCUUGCGAGCCCGUUCGCAAGCUCUGGGAAGGACCUGCUGUUGAGGGCACCUGCCAUGUACAGAACACGUGGGGAAUAUCGCUCCUAGUCCACGCCGGAGUUCUGCUGGUCGUGGACCUUGUACUAGGCAUCGUUAUUCCUGCGGUCGUGCUCCGCAAGUUGCAGAUGCGCAUGCUGUUGAGAAUUUCAGUCGGCGUUACGAUUGCUGUUGGGUCGCUUGCAAGCAUCGCAGCAAUCGCCCGAAUAUACUUUACCUACCGCCUUUUCCAGAUCCCCAAACGCGCCGCGGAGAACCUCAACAUCUGCAUGGACGUUGAGUUCGGUGUCAACAUCAUCUGUACUGCCGCAAUGACGCUGAAGCCUCUGCUUUGCAAAACGGGGAUCCUGACCGCCUCUACUGUGUCGAGAUCGGGGCCACAGUCUGUCCUGAUAUUCCCUGGCCGAAGCGCGCGGUGUGGGUCGGGAGAAAGAGGGUUGCGAGUUCAGGACGAGGAGGAGAUUGCUAUUUGGUCUGAGGCGCAGGCGGGGGGCCUUGUUGUGCUUGAGGACAGGUUUUCAAAGGUCUCAAUUACCAGCAGGUAG